GACUUAGUUGCGAAGAGUGCUCCACUGGACGAGGAGCAACAAGGGAAUCCGGCGAACAAAACACCCAAAGGAACCGAAUCCAUCAUCUAGCUAUGGAUCGUUGGCAGGACAGAGUGGCCGUGGUGACGGGUGCCAGCUCGGGCAUCGGAGCUGCUGUGGCCAAGCAGCUGGUCGAGGCGGGCGUGGUGGUGGUGGGGCUGGCCCGGCGCAUGGACCGCAUGGAGGCGCUUCGGGCCGAGCUGCCGGAGGAGCUGCAUGGCCGCUUCCAUCUGAUGCACUGCGACGUGUCGGACCUGGACUCGAUUACGGCGGCCUUUGACUGGGUGGAGGAGCACCUGGGCGGCAUCGACAUUAUGGUGAACAAUGCCGGCUGCCUGUUCCCCGGCCAGCUGCUCACCCAGGAUCUGCAGAAGCUCGAGCAGACCUGGCAGGUGAACAUCAUGGGCGUCCUGAACUGCACCCGUCGCGCCUUUCGCUCCAUGCAGCAGCGCGACGUGCCCGGCCAUGUGGUGCUGAUCAACAGCCUCACCGGCGAGACGAUCAUCAAUCCGCCGGGCGACGAGCUGCAGGUCCUCAACAUGUAUCCCCUGACCAAGCACGGCAUCAAGGCCAUGCUGGAGGUGCUGCGCCAGGAGUUUCGUGGCUUCAAGACCAAGAUCAAGGUUACGAGCAUCACUCCGGGGGUCACGGACACGGAGAUUCUGCCCCGGGGCUAUGGUGACUUGCCCAUGCUGAGGCCCGAGGACAUUGCCGCUGGCAUUAUGUAUGCCCUGGCCACGCCGCCGCACGUUCAGGUGCAUCAGCUGACCAUUAAGCCGCUGGGCGAGCCCUUCUAGGGCUGCCCAUCCUCAUCAUCAUCAUGCCCGAUGAUGGCAUCGCAUUCGCUGAAUAU